AUGCCAGUCAACUCAGCUUCAGGAGCAUCGUGCACUAUCAAUCUCCUCCGACCAUCACCGCCAUCAUCAGUCCAGCCACCCACUCAAGUUCCUUGCCACGAAUACAAGCAUGAAACAAGCAUUGACCCGACUACUGGGGCUGUCCGAGAAACCGUGACAAUCGAAUCACAACAGGCUUGUCCAUUCGAAAUCGUGCUGGACAUCAAACCGACCGCCUACGCGUCAAUUUGUCCAACUUCUAAUCAGACUGACUCGACCGCAGCCAACGAUUCUCAAUUACCGAUACCAAGCGACUAUAUCGUCAAUACAACACUGGACGGUAUUCCUGUCUCAGCUUAUCUACAGUCGAAAUCGGCGCGGAACUUUCCAGUGAACCUACACUCGGUCCUUUCACAUGAUCGUAAAACUUUCAAAUCCUACCAAUUUGCCAAAAUCAAUCUCGUAGAUCCGGAUGACUAUCAAGAUGUCAAAAACCCGGCGGAUAAGAUCUGCGAAGAAGAAAAGGUUAUCAAGUCACUUGGAACGAUCCAACUUGACGUUUUUAAAUGCACCCUGGGCGAACGACCCAUCGGAUCUGCAGGCGGCUUGCACACUUCAACUACAAAUCAAAUGAAAUUCUCUGAGCGAUCUAAGAAGGCCCGUCUUUCCACAACUGCUGGUUUGUCUGAACAAACAGCCUCCAGACUGCCACCUCCUCUAACCGUGCCCUACGUGAUAACACAAGACCCCCAUCCAUUCCUUCAAUUCUUCUUUAAAUAUAAACCGCGAGUAAUUUUGGAAGCUGAAGGAACUAUCACACGUCCAGUCGUUGAAGUCGAAGUCGAUUCAGAAAGCGAAAACAAAUGCAAGGCGAAGAACCAGAACAAUAAGCGCGUCAAAACUGAAGCUGAGGAUCAGAAAGCUCCCAAGAAAAAAUCCAAGAUUAUCGAUUUGACCGGCUCUGACGAGAGUGAUUGA